GAGGGCAGUGAAGUCCAGCAGUGAAGAAGAGCAUCUACUGAAGCCAGUUCACACCUCAAACAUCUAAAGCGACAACUUUACUCUGAGGCAUGUCUCAGAGGAGCAAAGCAUCCUCAAGUCAGAGCUCUUCCUCUCGCCCCUCCUCUGCCUCGGACAACCCCCCGCUGCGCUCGGCUCUGAAGCACGGCUCUAAAGACUCAAAGGACUCUAAAGACUCUAAAGGCUCCCGCCGCCGCCGCAGCCUAACCCAGGGUUCUGUCUACCUGCCCUACCUCAAUGCAUUGUUCGGACAGGACAGGGAGCUGAUGCCGGAGGAGUUGGAUGAGCUUCAGCUGGCCUUUAAAGAGUUCGACUAUGACCAGGAUGGAUACCUGCACUAUAAGGACGUGGCCGACUGCAUGAGGACCAUGGGCUACAUGCCCACUGAGAUGGAGCUGAUCGAGAUCAUUCAGCAAAUUAAGAUGAAGUGGGGUGGUCAUGUAGAUUUUGAUGAUUUCUGUGAGCUGAUGGGUCCCCGGAUGCUGAUGGAGACGGCGCACAUGGUGGGGCUGAGGGAGCUUCAGUGUGCUUUUAAACAGUUUGACUGUAACGGUGAUGGGCGAAUCAGUUUUGAUGAGCUGAAGGAGUCGAUGAAGACUCUGCUGGGGGAGAAGCUGAAGAAGGGCGAGCUGGAGGAGAUUCUGUCUGAUAUCGACCUGAACGGAGACGGAACCGUCGAUUUUGAUGAGUUUGUGAUGAUGCUGUUGGCCCGAUAGCCGCGUGCCAGAGGCCUCCUGCUUUAAAACAAUCACUUAUAUUAAGCUUUAAUCUUUAAUGUGCUGAGAAUAUAUUGACUAUAGUGUGCAUUUACUAUUCAUUUGCUGUGUAUAAUUAAUGAUGAAUGUUUAUGAAAUAAA